ACUUCUAUGAAUUCGGUGUUCAUCUUAUUGUGCUAACGAGGUGUGAUCACUUGGAACGAUGUAUAUAUAUGCCUGGUCCUACGUUGUAGCUGACUGACCCCUUGUAUCACUAAUAACAUAAAUCGAUGAAAUCAGUCUGGAUUUUCUAUGUAUACAUACAUUAACUUUUCAGGUAUACUUCAAGUAAUAGGGUUAUUAGUUCAGGUCGAAUUCAGGUUAUGUAAAGCAUAAUCACGUAAACCGGCAACAUACAGAUUCGAUCAAUAUGUAUGAUUAGCGUUUUCCUAGUAUCACAAACAUUUCUGCUCAGAAAUGCUAUUCUAAACGAGAUUUUCAGAAAAAUACUUCAGAUAUUGUGUUUAUUCAUUGCAACGGACAUUUCUUAAGGCUUUUUUUCUUCCUCGACUUUAGUUUCACAUUCUAAACUUUUAACGAUAUUCUCAUCAAUACAUAAGCAUUUCAUAAUUUCCUGUUCAAGUGAGUUUCGAUUGAUCUGGAAUUGUAUAGCAAUGAAAAGUGUGUUAUGAAUAUUUGUACAUACUCAAUAUUUCCGGGCAUUAAAUAUAAUCAUAUUCCUUAGUAUAAAGUUGGCCCUUAAUGCCUUCAAUCUAAAAUGGUCCCAUGACAACAUCAUCCAGUAAAUAUCGUACAAUAAGUCUUUUUUUUUAAAAAAAUGAAUUGCUAGUGGUGGGGUCAUAGCUUGUAUUAAUUUGGUAGAAUGACUAUGUCAUGAGGUGUUUGUCGAUGUUGUUCAGUUUUCUCACUUUUAUUCACCAUUCUCACGGAUAUGUUUUUAGAUUAAAAACUUCGUCUAAUACUUUAAGGAAUAAUCUACUGUUUGGAGUUUUGAUCUAAAGAUGUACCGACGUUAGAUUCUUCUUGUAUGAAUAUGCUAAUUAAAAAAUGAAGUAGCUGUUUUAGGUCGUGAAACGUUGUUAAAGUAGGUGUUUUCUUCAAGAGUACUUAAUUAUAGAUAUGUUCAAAGAAUUUACAACAUUAUCAUAAACUGAGUAGUUAGUUGAAAUAUCCUAACCAACUAUGGCUUAGUAGUUAAAAUACUUAUUCUUCGCUACUAGUUUGUGACUUUGAACCCUACUUUGCUUACGUUUAUUUGGGCAGUUGAAUAGUAACACUUGUGCCCCCAUAAAUAAUGUGACUGAAAACCUAAUCAAUAGAUGUGUACUUGGUAAAUGAGUUAGGUUACCAUAAUGAAGAUUAGUUAAAAUUAUGGAAAUCUGUUGACUUUUUAUCCUCAAAUUUUGAAGUAUAUUUCACCGUUUUGAAAGACUAUUCUCAGUGCUUAGCUAUGAAAAUUGUUAGGGAACAUGUUCUUCAGAUGAUACCUCUUAGUGAUUAGUGACUGGGAAGGUUGUGACGAGGUACUGAGGGACAACUGCUUCCUUUAAAGCUGGUUGUGUGCUUUAAUGAUGUUCAGUCGAUAGGAAACCUUACUUAACCUAGGUUUUGUGCUAAUCGAUACUCGUCAGAAACGUGUAUCUAUAAUCAUGGCGGGGGGUUAAUGCUUUCUGGCGAAUUCUUCGAUCUCGUGUCACCCAGCUUCAUAGUUUGUUAUUGUUAUAUCCGUGUCGCUUAUUACUUAUACUUCAAGAGGAGAGCGAGAAAUCACUGCAAUUUCAACGAUGUGAAGUAAGAACAUCAAAACUGUUACAAGUGAAGAUUUAUUAACCCUAAAACGCGACAAUCCGAGUUGAAAAUACACUCAUUUAUAUUAUAUUGAAUCUAAACCCAUUUUGAUUAUUAGUUAGAAUUAAGUCACACAAAUUAAAAAUACCCAGUUAUAACAAAAUCACAUGCUACAUGUCAUGCUGAGUAUAGUUUAUUUGAAUUUAAUACAAGAAUAUUGUAUGUUAUACAGACUAAAACAUCACACUGGGAAACAAAACAAGUACUACACUAAGUAUGAUUUUGAGAUAGUGGAGAAGAUUUGUAGCUCAGGUGGAUGAUUUUGGUGGAGUUUUGUUCUCUGAGCUGGAUGGUUUGGUCGUGGAGCUUUCAUCGUUCUUCUGAACGACAUCAUCAGCACAAACUUCAGAUAGAAGUGAAGUGUUUGAAUUUCUCCAUAUGUAUCUCAAAGCUUGUUCUGUGCACCUCGACGUUGAUUGGUUCUUAUUGACAAAAUAUCAUGCACAAACAUAAGAACAAAAAUCAAAACAAUGGGAGACACAACCAAAACAAAGAAGUAAACAACGACAAAUUUAAGGUCAAUAAGAACCAAUCAACGUCGAGGUGCACAGAACAAGCUUUGAGACACAUAUGGAGAAAUUCAAACACUUCACUUCUAUCUGAAGUUUGUGCUGAUGAUGACGAUGAAAGCUCCACGACCAAACCAUCCAGCUCAGAGAACAAAACUCCACCAAAAACUACACUAAGUAAUUAUCACAUUGAAUAAAAAAACGGGAGUAAUGUUGAAUAUGAAUUGUAAUGAGUCAAAUUUUGAUUUUCCGUUUUAUCUUGUCUUAUCACCUCCCCUUUUCUUUGUAAUUGAAUACGUAGGAAUAAGUUUUUCCAUGGAGUAUCCAUUCGAAAUAUUGUUGUUCUUCUUCAUACCCGAUAGGAUCUCGGCUAGUCCAGCUUUCAGUUGGGCUUUUUUCAGUUUUAUGCUAACUUUGCUCUGCUCUUUUGUUCAAUGCAUAUAUGGUUCUCCUUCCCCUCACGAAAGGAUGUUCGAUCUUCAUAUACCCACGUUACAAAUAAUGUAACUUUAUUGAUCUGAACUGUCUCAACAUUACUCACACCUUCAUUAUAUGUGUCAAGACAGUUCUACUGUAUGGGGCGGAAACCUGGAGAACUACGAAAGCCAUCAUUCAGAAGAUACAAGUGUUUAUUAACAGUUGUCUACGCAAAAUACUUCGGAUCCGUUGGUCAAACACUAUUAGCAACAACCAACUGUGGGAAAGAACAAACCAGAUCCCAGUGAAGGAAGAAAUCGGGAAGAAGCGAUGGUAGUGGAUAGGACAUGACGGUUUUUCCACCUUUCAUAUAAAGAAAAAAAACGAUGCCAUUUUUUCCAGACACAAUACGAAUAAGCAUAUUUUACAUUUUAAUUUGUCAGUAAUAAAGUAUAUGACACAUGUAGGCUCGCUUUGUUGCUAAAACAUUUAAGUGGAACGGUUUAUGUGCUUCAUACAUAUUAAGAUCAGUAGGUUGCUGCAUUCUGCAUACAGGUAUAUUGUGCAAUUGGAAUGACUUUAAUUUACUAAAACAAAGUUGACUUUUUUAUGUUUGACAUUCACUUUGUCCGAAUAAGCAAGAUAGUAAGUAUCAUCAGAUUCGUUGGGUAUCUGUUAAUAACUAUAACAAAUAUUGAAAUUUGAUGAUUGCUCAUCAUACAAUUUUCCAGAAACACUGAGUGCUUUACACAAAGUGACCAUCUUUAACAUUUUGGAUGACAUCAAAACGGCAUAUUUUUUUUUCUUCAUUUGACAUCAUCUUCGUGAGCCAAGGUCUAGUUCAACUACUUUCAUCUUAAAUAAAUCUUUAUUUUUACCACUGCAAGCAUUGAGCCUUACUCGUAAUUUCAAACUUGUGGACUAAGUUUAAAUUUUUCGACUGCAUGAACGACAUUACUCCUAGGCAUUCUGGUUUUGGGACAGCUUCGCGAACACUUGUUUCAUCCCUUGAUUCAUAGCAUUGACUAGGGAUUCUAAGUGACAUAUAAAGUGUGCGCGCACUCAAUAUCCGUUACAAAAACAUCCGGAAUGCCCUGGUACGGCCAAGGGUGGGGGCAGUCAGCUCUCCCACUUGAAAUGCUCUUACAUGGCCGCGCAUAUACAACCACUGCUAGGGAAGUCAUACUCGCUGCCUUCUUGUGGCGUUACUGUUGUUUACGAAAUUGAGAGGACGGAAAGCGAAUGUCCGGCGCUUCAACCGGACUGGUGAAUAUUGAGGAUCCACUGAGGGCAGUUGGAAAACCCAGAUUCCAAACCAAUGGUGCACAUGGGCUUCAGGAUCCAUAGGGAACAAAUGGAGUAUGAACCUAUUGUUAGUCACUGGCGACCUUGGGACGGAAUCUCCUGACGUUGCUUCACUGCCUUGUGGGUCAGACUUUUAGGUCAAAGGCUCGCGGUUUGGCCCCCUAAGAAAACCAAGUGGUUCGGUUUGGGCACCCGAACAGUAUCCCAGCAUUUACUUGAUUAUUUUGAAUCUGUUUUUAAGUUGAUAGAGUUACAAGAAUGAUCAUAAAUUAUGCAGAAAUCCAAUGUUGUGCUGAAGAAAAAUCAGUAUAAUUAUAAUAGACAUCAGAAAGUUUUGUGAUUUGUGAUAGUUAAUUAGUGGUUUACUUAGUGUUGUUGUUUUUUUACUUGUAUCUUCCCAUUGUUAUUUAGGACUGUAAUUGAUCAGUCUCAUGUUGGCAUAUGUUCAUCCUGUGCGAAUUGCCUCGAUAUAACCUUAAUUCACAAGCAUUAUAAGCAAAGAUGGAUAGUGGCUAGCAGUGGAAUCCAGGACGUUAAUUUCGUCUUAUUUGGGACUCGUCAACUGGAUGUACCUGCAUCCCAGAGUUGAUGUUCACUCCGGGAAUCGAACCCAGUAUCGUUCGCUUCAAAUGCCAUCGUGUUAUCCACUGAGCUACUGAGUACUGAUAGUCACUUGCUUGUGCAGUGGAAUGAAGUUAAAUUCACUUGUUGUUGUUUUUACUUGUAACUUCCCUGAUGAGUCAUAAAUAGGACGAAACGCGCGUCUUGAAUUCCACUGCUAGCCACUAUCCAUCUUUCUUUAGUUAAUGGUUAUUUCAAAAACUAUACUUUUAACUGUCUUGUCUUAUAAUGUCAAUUCCUUGGAGGAAGUGGAGCAGAAUUAAUAUUAUGAUAGACAAGGUUUCAAUUCAUUAAAGGGUAAGUAACCUACUUAGAUUGAUUCCCUCAAAUCACCCAUCCUGUUUGGUUUGUGUUAAUAUUUUGCACGUGAGCAUGUUAUUCUAUUGUAUAGAAAACCCUCUAUUUUGUUUGUCAGCUGCCUUAUCCCAUGAUAUCAGUUGAUCUGGAGACUUAAGUCAAAAAACUUUAGUUAUGUAUCAUUACAUAUUAUCAAUCACCUGAUCUUAUCAUUUGACUUCAUUAGUCCAACAAUAUCUAAAUAUCCUUUAACAAUCUUAAUCCAUAACAUAAACUUGUUUGUCAUUGUUUUAUUUCAUCUGUAAUGGAAAUGAUGUUGUUACUCUCUCUCUCUCUCUCUCUCUCUCUCUCUUUCCCAUCUCAACACAGUUAUGAUCUUAUCAAUGUUUCAUUGGCUUCAAAACCUGAAUGGUUUUUAGAAAUGUAUCCAAUUGGCAAAGUUCCAUUAUUAUUAUUACCAAAUGAACAAAAAUUACCAGAAUCCGAUGAGAUUAUACGUCAUAUAGAUAAAUUAUAUGGUUCUGAAACUUUAUUAUCCCAUUGUGGUAUUGAAGAAUUUGAAAAAGCUAAAGAACUUAUUACUGGUAUAUCGAGACCAAGUUAUAUGAUUAUGUGUGUGCAAGAAAUAAAUCUAUGUGAUGUAUCAUUGUAUCGAGCAGCAUGCAAUAAGAUAAAUGACGCUAUCAAAGGUCCAUAUUUUACUGGUCCUGAAUUAAGUCUAGCCGAUUUGAUUUUGUUUCCACAUUUGCAUCUAUUCGAAGUGGUUAUGGGUCGAAUAACCGGUAAAAAACCAGAAGAAAUCAAUGAACUAAAUAUAAAUGAUGAAUUACGUAAAGAAUUCCCAAAAUUGACUGAAUUUUUAGAUACAAUGCGUAAACAAUCAUUUGUGAUUGAUGUUACUAUCCCAUAUCGUAUUCAUGUUCAAUAUGCGGCUUCAGUACUUUCAGGUCAUGCUAAUCCAGACAUAGAAUAG